AUGGUCCGCAGAUUGAUCCUUGCGUCGCUCACCUUGGGGGCAGUGCAUGCUCAGAGCUACUCCGGAUGCCAUAGACAUGGCGAGGUCGAGUACUGCUAUGGGAAGGAUGGCAACGAGACACCCGUCACGACUCACAUUGCGGCCACAGCGACGUCGGUGAGAGCCACCACGACUGCAUCGGCGGAUUCGUCUGCCGUGACAGAAUGCCACAAGCACGGGGACGAUGUGUUCUGCAUCGAGAGUGAUGGCAGUGAAGUCCAGGUGUCGCUGGAAUCGACCCCGACGGGCGAACUCCCGGCGCAGUAUACGGGCUGUCAUUCUCACGGAAGUGAACGGUUCUGUCUUGACCCCGACGGAAACGACGUGCAGAUCCUCAAAGAAGGCGAAACCACCGACAGCCAUCAGACCGAGUCUGCAGAAUCACACGGUGGCCAGAACUGCCAUUUCCACGCGGGUGUUGAACAUUGCGUGGGAAGCGGAGAGUCAGAAAACUCUAAGAAGCCGACCUGUGGAAUCCAGACGCGCGACUAUAACAUGCCACUGCGGAUAGGAACGCUAUUCGUGGUGUUAUUCACCAGUGCUUUGGGAGUCUUCCUGCCUAUGGGACUGGUUAAACUGCCAUUCUCGAGCAUCAACACGAUUGCAACGACGGUGAUUAAGCAAUUUGGCACGGGAGUGAUCCUCUCCACUGCGUUUCUCUACACCCAUGCGAAUCUAAUGUUUAGCAAUGAAUGUCUUGGAGAGCUCGAAUACGAAGCCACCACAUCCGCCAUUGUGAUGGCAGGAAUCCUCCUCUCCUUCUUAACCGAAUACAUCGGACACCGCAUCCUCCUUGCGAGGGCCCAUCGGAACUGCAUCGCGCAGGACAGCGCCACAGAGACGGGAUCGCAGAACCAGAAACAUGUCGACGUUCACGUUCAAACUCACGCCCCGCAGCCCGCACCGGCGAUGGCACUGGCGCAUCUGGGCCACAGUCACGGGCCGCAUGAUCCCACGCAGGCCAACACCAAGCUCUCUGUGCUGGUCAUGGAAGCGGGAGUGAUUUUCCACAGUGUCCUGAUCGGACUGACGCUGGUGGUGGCGGGGGAUUCAUUCUACAAGACCUUGCUAGUGGUGAUUGUGUUCCAUCAGUUCUUCGAGGGAUUGGCGCUGGGGGCGCGCAUUGCUCUCCUACCCGGGGGUAUACUGCCGACCAAGACAAUCAUGGGCGCGGUGUUUGCGUUGAUCACGCCGAUUGGGAUGGCGAUUGGGAUGGGGGUGAUCAACUCGUUCAAUGGCAAUGGGAAGAGCACGCUGAUUGCACUGGGGACGCUGGAUGCGCUGUCGGCGGGGAUUCUGGUGUGGGUUGGAGUGGUGGAUAUGUGGGCUCGAGACUGGGUGAUGGAGGGAGGCGAGAUGCUGAAUGCACCGAUAGGACGGGUCUCGAUUGGGGGUUUUUCUCUUAUUGCGGGGACGGCAUUGAUGAGUUUGUUAGGGAAGUGGGCCUAG